AUGACUUUUUUUGUGGACUGGAAACUGAAAUACCGUUUGAUGAUUCAUGAACUAUCUGUUCAAAAAAAAUACAUGGAGUGGACAAAUUCUUCACUCAGCGAAAAAAAAAAAAAAAUUUUGAUUGAUAGAAUAAAGACAAUUAGAAAUCAAACAGAAGAAAUUUCAAAAGAAAAAGAAAACCAAACUACUAGAACUACUAGUUGUAACAAACCGCGUUAUGAUUCUAAAAGAAUGGAGUCAUCAAAAAAAAGUUGGCAGGCAUUCAAAAGAAAAAAUACCCGAUUAAUUCUUAUGACCUAUGCUCUUUAUCACAUGCAUAUGUAUUUUACAAAUUAUCACAAAUUCAAGUUAGCUGUUCUUGAAUAUAACAUAUGCAUAACAUCCUUUUUUGUUAAGAAUAAAAUAAAGGAUUUUUUUCAAGAACAAGGACUCCUUAAUUAUGAAUUAAAAGAUAAAAUCUUUUUUAAUUCGGAAGUCAAUCCAUGGAAAAACUGGUUACGAAGUCAUUCUCAAUACAAUUUACCUCAGAUUGCAUGGGCUAGAUUAGGGAAAUUCCGCAUAGAAAAUAUUUGGAUUGGAGAAUUCUCAACUUUUGGUUUAGAAAAAAAGUCAAUAUUGAGCCCUGGGUUGAUACCAAGAGUCAAAAAAAAAUAUAUUAAGACUAACAUUCAGAAUUAUCAAAGAAUUGAUAAAAUAACUAAUAAGGAUCUUGCCAAUCCAAAAAGUUUAUUUUUUGAUUGGAUGGGAAUAAAUGAAGAAAUACUAAAUCGUCAAGAAAAAGACUCGGCAGGUCAAGGAGAGCUUGAAUCAGAUAAAGAAAAAAAAAAUAUUGAAGAAAAUUAUGAAGAAUCGACGAUAACAAAACUAUAUUGUCUCUUGGUUAGACUAAAAAAUCCAAACGAGAUAGCGAUAUCUUCUAUUGAAAGAGGAGAGAUGAGGCCUAGAUAUUCUAAUGAUUGA